AUGGCUGGAUGUGGAUAUUGGGAUAUGGUUGAUUCCAUGACGGAGGAAUUCGAUGCCCAAGAAGUACUACCAAAACUAUUUAUUGGAUCUGCAGCUGCUGCACAAUCAGUCACAAGUCUAAAGGAUCACAACAUAUCACAUGUCUUGUCCAUUUCAACUAAUCCACCUGUUUAUACGAGAAAUGAAGCAUUUCAAUGUUUGUCGAUUAGCAUUGAAGAUGAGGAAAAGAGAGACAUUUCAACGUUUUUCGAUCAAUGUCAUCAAUUUAUCGAUAGUGGACGUACCAAAGGAGGUAUAUUGAUCCACUGCACGGCGGGCGUAUCUCGAUCGGCCACCGUCGUCAUUUCAUAUCUCAUGAAUCUAUUUUUUAAACCAUUCAUGUAUUGUUUCCAAUUCCUUAAAUCCAUCAGACCUUGUGUCCAACCAAACAAAGGAUUCGUAUCUCAACUUUUAUCAUACGAAGGUCUUUUAUUUUCAAAUCAACAACAACUUGUACAAACACUAAGUAAUCAAUUAUUAUCAAACAACAACAACAACAAAUCCCCAUCUUGUUGUAGUAAGCUACAACAUCAACAACAACAACAAUUAGAACAUCAAUCAAAACAAGAACAACAACCACAACCUACAGUAAUGUCAUGUCAACAACAUGAACAAAUUAAACCAGUAGAUGCUGCUCAAGCACAAGCUCAAUCCAUUUCAUCUUCUACUACCGUACCAUCUUGUUGA